UGUAAAUGUGAAUCAUAGAUGGCGACGAAACUUGUAUUUUAGUCUGCUAAAAAAGAGGAAAAAAAAGUCGAAUAAAAUGUCUGCAAUUGUCAACCUACGUGUUUUCCGUAAUUUUCAGCAGUUUGUGCCAAUUAGACCCAUUUCUAAUUAUCCCACAUCAUUUCGCAAAAAUGAAGAAAUUCAAAAAGUGGAUGGAGAUGAUGAAUUCCGCUCGCUGGAUCUGAGCCCCAACAAGUCGUUAAAUAUGAGAUCAUACGGUCGCAAAGUAUACAAGAGAGCAGCAGUUCAUCCUCCACGUUCCAACAAAAUGCCAACUGAUCAAGACUGGCCCUCGGUUUGGCCAGUUGCCAGAUCUUUCCAUCCAGCUAGUGUCCCGCUGCCCUUGCAUCAGGGCUGGGUUGUCCCUGGUGCAACACCACCCGGCAAAUUUGCCAAUGCAGAGUUGAUGAAGAUCCCCAACUUUCUUCACUUGACACCACCCGCUAUUGAGAGACAAUGCCAAGCACUGAAAAAGUUCUGCACAGAGUGGCCGAAAGAGUUGAAUACCAACGAAAAGAUUGAAAAUCAUUUCCCCAUCACAAUCACAACUAGUGAUUACCUCCAUUCUUCCCCCUCAUUGAGGGAUGCCCGAGCCAGAAUUGUAACACUCCAGUUGAAAUUGAGCUCUUUGAAAUUGGACAACCACGCCAAGGAUAAACUGCUUCGACUAGUGAAAGAGCGUUACAACCCAGAAACUGACGUGCUGACGAUCGUCUCCGAGCGGUGUCCUUUGAGAAAGCAGAACCUCGAUUACGCCAUGUAUCUGCUGAAUGUUCUCGUCAGCGAGUCUUGGAAAACUGAGCCGUGGGAGAAUGAGAAAUGCGAAGCAGACAUGGAAAAAUAUGUGUGGGAAGGGAGCCAGUCGCAACGAACAGUGGAGCAGCUGCUCCAACGAAUGCCGGACAGAGAGAAAGCCCAAACCAAGCCGGAGGUCAUCGAACAGUACGCGAGAAACGUUACCCGCUUCCACAACGAAGGCGAAGAUGCGGAGACUAUCAACGACUACAAGGAAUCUGUUAAAAAGCUUUUGGGUUUGCAGGCCUGAUGUAGUUGACGUAGUAACAACCCGAGUCGAAAUACAAACCUGAAAUACCCAAAAA